AUGCCUCCAAGAAUCCCUCUGCGCCAGCUAGGGCGGUCUAUUCCGCAGUCCGCCGUUCCAGUCCCCCGGCCUGCUGCCGGUCUUGUGCGAUCCUUCUCCAACCAAGGACCCUCACCCGCGCAGCGCCCGCGGAGCUGGACACCGACACCAUUCGUGACGGAGACAGUAGGAGGCGGCUGGCACACUUAUCUCUCUUCGCAGUCGCCGUGCUCACCCAGUCCGCAGGAACGCAUCAUCUGCUUGAACGGCGAAGUCGACGAUACCCUCUCCGCGUCGAUAGUCGCGCAACUCCUCUUUCUCGAAGCCGACAACCCUGCCAAACCCAUCCACCUUUACAUCAACUCCCCAGGCGGCUCAGUCACAGCCGGCCUCGCAAUAUACGACACAAUGAGCUAUAUCGCCUCACCCGUGAGCACAAUCUGUGUCGGCCAAGCUGCCUCAAUGGGUUCUCUCCUCCUUGCCGGUGGCGAGGCAGGCAAGCGCUACUGUCUCCCGCACUCCUCUAUCAUGAUACACCAGCCCUCGGGUGGCUACUUCGGACAGGCCUCCGACAUUGCAAUCCACGCGAAGGAGAUCCUGCGUGUGCGCGGCCAGCUCAAUGAAAUCUAUCAGCGUCAUCUUACCGGUAAGAAGCAGUUGUCCCUCGAUGAGAUCGAGAAGCUCAUGGAGCGGGAUUACUUCAUGGGUGCCAAGGAGGCGCUUGAGCUUGGUGUUGUCGAUGAGAUUUUGGACCGCAGGGUUCAAGGCAAGAAUGGCGCUGGGGAGGAGUCUAAGCCUCCUACUGCGUAG